AUGGGAAACUCAGACUUCUUGAGCUUUAGGAAAACCAAAGACGGAAAGGAGGACCCGAUGUAUCGGCACAGGUGUAAGUUCUGCGGCAAAGUGUUUGGCAGCGACUCUGCCCUCCAGAUCCACAUCCGUUCGCAUACCGGCGAAAGACCCUUCAAAUGCAAUAUAUGUGGCAAUCGCCCUUCCAAAGACAUUAAAGGCGUUUUGAACACAAGUCUCGGCGAACGUGUAAUAGACAGAGAUAUUAGCGGACACUCAAUGGUCAACAUCUCAGACAAUGUCUCCAAUCAAUCCCUGAGCGACGAUUCGGAUCUCGAUUGUGACGACAAUGAAAUAAUGGACGGCAGAGACGUGGAGGAUGUGAGCGAAGACGAGCGCGCCAUCACGAAUUCGCAAAGAUGUGACCGAAGAGGAAGAAUUGAGGAUGUGAGCGAAGACGAGCGCGCCAUCAGUUUGGAGAAGACAAAUGAAAACAAUACAAAUAAAUCGGAAGAAUUGCCCCUAAAUUUACAGCGAAUUCGCAAAGAUGUGACCGAAGAGGAAGAAUUCAAUGAAGACGACGACAUGAGCGCCGAUGAGUUCGACAAAGAGAUGGAUGAGUCGGAGAGAAGGGAAAUGACGGAUAAGGAUAAGGAGAACAUCAAUUCAGACGAUGACAUUUCGGACGAUUCAGAGGACGGUAUGCUUUUGCCGCCGGGAAUGGAGUUCCCAUAUAUGCAUCACUUCCCGCCGUACUUCCAUUCGGGUGCGUUUCCCGGUAUUCCGACCUCAAUGGGUCUGAUUCCGUUUGGUUUCCCGCCAGGUAUGCCACCCCUUCCCCCCUCAGGCCCUCCCAACCCGGACGGAGGCGAGGGCUCCAAUAGGGAUCCCGGCUUCUACCAGGACUUACUGCCCAAACCCGGCAGUACUGACAACACGUGGGAAACACUAAUGGAAGUACAAAAGGCGUCAGAAACGGUGAAAUUGCAACAAUUGGUGGAUAAUAUUGAGCACAAGUUAACGGAUCCCAAUCAGUGCAUUAUAUGCCAUCGGGUGCUCAGCUGUAAGAGCGCUCUGCAGAUGCACUACAGGACCCAUACGGGCGAACGUCCCUUCAAAUGCAAGAUCUGCGGCCGAGCCUUCACUACCAAAGGCAACCUCAAGACACAUAUGGGUGUCCAUAGAGUCAAACCUCCGCUCCGUAUUCUCCAUCAGUGCCCGGUUCUUCAGCAGCACAUCCGUAUGCAUACGGGAGAACCGACUGAUAUUCCUCCGGAGCACAUAAUGGCUAAUGAGAUCAAAGGGCCGUCACUAAUGCCCUUUCAAAGGGGACUAAUGCCGCCCCACUUUGCCGGUCAUCUGCCACAUCCCAGCCAACUCUUUGUGCCCCCUUUUAUGAACGGUAUGACAACCAGCUCUUCGAUGAACAUUCCUCUCUCGUCACCCAUCACUUCAUUGGCAACAAUGAAACCCAAUUCAUCGCCCGCUCUGUCGGCCGAACAUAAAUCAGACAAGAAUUCCGGCGACGAAUUGGUUGAAUGUAAACAAGAGUUGAUUUCUCCGUCGAUUAGCAAUCGGUCGAGUCGUGCGUCGACUCCAGACUCACCCAAAAGUGUCUCAAAACAGGCCAGAAGUCGGUCGCCGUCACCAAAGCCUUUGGCACUAUCGCAGACACCGCUCGCAAUCCCUCAACCAGUCAUAGUCUCGACACCAAUCACAACCACUACAACCACAGCCACCCCUAACCCGACCGCCCCGUCGAGUGCGCCCCCAAUGACCGCCUCAACCAAAUCUAACGAUUCCGUGAAUUCAAAUUUCUCCACCUCUUUGGCUGCUCUGGAAAAUCACGUCAAAACCAUCAACUCGUCGGUCCCACAGCCCAUGCCUUUCGGUCCGUUUGGUCUCGGAUUAUAUAAUUUAAGUCAAUUCCAGAGAAUUGAUGCCGAAAACAAUGGCCGCCUCCCGACCACUCCCGCAAACGCCGCCGAUCUGUCUCUUCACAGAAAAUCGGACGACAAGUGUUCGCCAAAUAUGCGCUCAUUCUCUCCCUCUUCGCUCAACAGUAAGAUUACUUCGGAAAUAUCGGCCGACGAGAGGUCAACACCGGACAGCUCUUUGGGAACAAUGGACGACAGGUCGUCGCCACCGAUGACACCCACCGGCGGUGCAUUGGAUUUGACGCCAAAGUCUAAUAACAAUUUCAAUCAGUCGUCGGGCUCUCAGGACAACCCAAUCGGAUCGCAAACACCGAAUAUGGAGAACCGAUUCUUUCCGCCGCCAUUCGCUGGCCUACAGUUCCCGACCGGACGGCCGAACACCACGUGUCGGAUAUGUCUGAAGACAUUCGCCUGUUAUUCGGCGCUCGAAAUCCAUUACAGGAGUCAUACGAAAGAGCGGCCCUUUAAGUGUGACUAUUGUGACCGCGGAUUCUCUACCAAAGGCAAUAUGAAACAGCAUAUGCUUACGCAUAAGAUCAGGGAUCUGCCCGAAGGCCUCUACACCACCACCACUACCACCUCCACCACCAAUAAUCACUCAUUCAUGAUGUCCUCUCAGGGAUCAAACGCCAGCGACACGAGUCCCGCCGCCAAUAACAACGGCAACAAUACUCCCAACGCUAACAUAUCGACCAACUCUAAGGACAGCAGCGGUGCGUCCAAUAGCCCGACGCCCAAUGGAAACGGCACUAACAGUACGCCCGACAAGAGGCCCGGUUCACCAUUGGGUGACCAGAGCUGCUCCUCUAAGCUAAAUCCCAAACACGUGUGUCGUGUUUGUCAUAAGCCAUUCUCAAGCGGAUCCGCACUUCAGAUACAUAUGCGGACCCAUACGGGUGACAAGCCUUUCAAGUGUACGAUAUGUGGCCGCGCGUUCACCACGAAAGGCAACCUUAAGGUUCAUAUGGGAACUCAUAUGUGGAGCAAUGGUUCGUCACGAAGAGGUCGCCGAAUGUCUAUAGAUUUGCCUAAUUUGCAUAUUUCUCCACCAAAAUCUCUAGAUUUUGGGUCGCGAACCGGGGCUGAGAUGUUGAUGGCUCACUUCAAUUGAUAAUCUCAUCAUUAAGUUAUUUUCAACCAAAUAUGAUAUACAUUACAAACAAUACAUGACAAUUGAAUUGCUUUAUUUGUCAAACAAUACAAAUCUAUAACAAAUAACAUAAGUUAUAAUUAUGGAGUCAUUCAAUGCUUAUACAUUAGAUCUAA